AUGACCACGGCGGCUCUUCAAGCGUCGACGGCACCGAUCAGCCUGCCUCCGAUCAGCAGCAUCGACUUCCACUCUCAAGUCGCACACAGGCCGGAACCAGAAGUUGUGCAACCUCUCCCGCCCCCACCGCCUGCACCGCAACGUGUUCUGCCACCGCUGCCGUAUCCUUACGCUGUUCGACCAGCCCCAGCACCGGUGCCGCCACCGCCUGUGCCUUCCGAGUAUGUACAUUCACGACCAAUCUACCCGGGAAUCCCGUCGCCAUACCAGCAAAUACCAGGGCGGAUGCCUCUGCCUUCGACGUCGGACCCGAAUCUGAUCGUUGCACCUCCCCGACACAAAGCCAAAGAGGUGAAGAGACGGACCAAGACAGGAUGUCUAACAUGCCGCAAGAGGCGCAUCAAGUGCGAUGAAGGCCGACCAGAGUGCAGAAAUUGCAUGAAGAGCAAGCGUGCCUGUCAAGGCUACGACCCGGUCUUUCAGACCCAAGGACCACACUCGCUGCACCCUGCGCCCUCGGGCUCAGCCAACAACAUCAACAACAACCCACCCCCGACCUCGUCCGUCAGUAACCAGCCCCGGAGGUUUGUCACAACCCCCAUCAGUCCUCCGGUGGUCAACCACCAUUCCUCCAUCAUCGCCAGCUCCCCUCGAGAUCACUCAGAAUAUCCUUUCCCACGGCCACCGGAACAGAUCUUGCCUCACAUUAAUCAGCCGUAUCAUAUGGACGCCGGGCAUCAACCUGGUUUAGCCCCGUAUCCACCGCCUGGACGAAGUGAUGCAAUAAUGACCAACGUCGGUUCUCGUCCGACUCUGAGGACCAUUGAGUCCAUUUGUACAAUUGCUGGCACGACGAUUCCUAGUGUACCACCUAUUCCCCCCGAUUCCGUCCCCAAUCUCGAAUCUAUCCGGAAAGUGUACGACAUUGCCUUUGCGCCUGGUCUCGACAAGCUAUUGGAGGCCGGCCCGUCGAGAUGGUUUGCAAGGGAAGGAUUCCCUCUCCUCUGCGCCGAUCGGAUUCAAUUGGGCAAUAUGUUGGCGUAUUUGACUCUGGUUAGCAACCACGCCGAUACGCCGACUGAGAAUGCGACCCUGGCCAGUCAGGAGGCCCGAGUGACCUGGGCGCUGCUUGAGCUAUGCAUCCGCCCGGCGCACGACAGUGGCGAGGACGCGGAUAGACUGGCCCGGCGAUGUCGAGCACUGGAGGCGAUCUUGACGGGCGAACCAUUCAGCAUUCCCACGGCAACCAUGGCCGAUUUUGUCCAUCAAGAGGAGCCCGAACCAGAACCCAAAACAAGUGCGCUUGACAAGCAACUGGCUGGGAGAUCCGAAGAAUUUUGGACGUUGGUCGAAAAGGCGGCGGCGAGUCAGCGGGACGAUGGAUCCGGUUUGUCAGCCGCCGCUGUGAGACAAUGUCGACCCUAUCUUGACGGAAUGGAGAAUAGAGAUAUCAUCUACAGCAUGAUGUUGCUGGCAUCUGGUGGCAAUGGCGACCUUACUUCAGAACGAGAACUUGCAAAGAGAUACCUGGAAACUCAGGCGAAUGGACGAGCCACGAAUCAAGUGUUUGCGACUCUUUCUGGCAUGGCGUUGAGGGCGUUUGAGGGAUAA